AUGGAUGAAGAUUACCAUGAACCGAGUUUCCCGGAUCUGCCAGAGGCCUUGAGAUUUUCAAAUUAUUCCGUGGAAUUAAUAUCUGAUAUUGUGAACGACUCAUUGAGAUCUAUUUAUCAGAAAGAUCUUAUUGGACAUUAUGUCAUGGGUGUAACAACCCUCACAAUAUCCUGCAUCGGAUUUAUUGGAAACGUUUUGUCCAUUGGUGUCCUCACUUCUAAGUUUCUGAGAGGUACCACUACGAACAUGUAUCUGAUCGCACUCGCCGCCUCUGACGCACUGAUGCUUCUGUUCGCAAUCCUAGUUGCUGUAAAAGAUGCACGUGUCCCGCAGCUGGGGGUGGCUAGCUGGGAGCUAUGGGCGGAUAUGACGUUCUUUCCGAAAUACUAUCCAUUUUUCCACGCUUUCGCCAAUUUGUUCCAGGUGUGUCAUGCUUAG